AUGGAGAAUCAGAAUACGAAGGAUAAGAUGUUUCAGAAGUUUACAUGGACCCUUACAAACUUCUCCAUGUUAGGCUCCAAGGAAUUAUUCUCAGAGACGUUUUCUCUCGAUGGCCACACAUGGAGGAUUUUUAUGUUUCCAAAAGGGGAUGAUGGGGACUUUUUGUCAAUUUAUUUGGAUGCUGGUGUUGAUACUAUGCCUCAUAGAUGGGAAAAAAUUGCGAAUUUCAAACUCAUUGUGAUUAAUCAGCUCAAUGACGAAAGAAAUAUAAUAAAAGAAAGUAGCCAUACGUUCAAUUCAGAAGAUGAUGACUGGGAUUUCACUUCUGAUAUAUCUUUAGAUGAACUUUGUGACUCUAAUCGCGGGUUCAUUUUAAAUGAUACUUGUAUAAUUGAAGUUCAUAUAGUGAUUGAUAUGUUAGAGCAUGAGAAACAAGUUGAUGUAUCAGAGAGGAACAUAGACAAUAUUAAGCUUGUUGAAAGCAUUGAGAAUCGUUCAUCCGUGGAAAUGAUUUCAACCCAAUCAUUUGGUGAGGUGGUGGAUUUUAGGAGUAUAGGAAAAGUAGAAAAAGAUUUUAUUCCUCUAUUGGAAGAUGUUUGUUCAAGAUAUCCCUCACUUCUGAAUAGCAAGAAGCGGAGAAGUCAAAAAUUUAUUGAAUGGGCUUUAACAGCUUUGGGUAGAGUUCUUUAUUUUUUGAACACUAAAAAGGUGAGAGACAUGGACGAUGAUGCUUGCAAUCAUCUCCAAAUUUUAUGGGAAGAACUUGAGACAGUUGGAUUUGAUUUGUCAUGGUUGAAACCUCAUGUUCAAUCUGCCUUAGGCAUGAAAUCUCGUAUUGAGAGAGUUCUUGAAGUGAAAAGGUUGGAAGAGAAGGUGAUUUCUUUAGAAGAGAAAACAAAGGCUCUGAGAACGGAGAUGAUUGAAGCAGAGUUAAAUCUUGAAAUAACAAGAAGAGAAUUGGUGAAAGCAAAAGAAGACUUUGAAAACUGUGAUUUGGAUGCUAAACUGAGUUAUGGAAAACCAUCAAUUAUAUAUGUUAAUGAGUAA